CCACCCCAUUCCCGAAAAUGGAUCGCUCCUACAGACAGUGAGUCACGUGGCCUGCUAUAUAAAGCAGGCAGGCAGGCAGGCAAGCAACCAACCAGCUAUACUGCUCGAUUGAACGUAACAAUGGGUAAAACGAGUGACCUAAGGGACUUUGAGCGUGGUAUGAUCGUAGGUGCCAGGCGCGCCGGAUCAAGUGUCUCAGAAACGGCCGCCCUCCUGGGCUUUUCACGCACGACAGUUUCUAGAGUUUACCGAGAAUGGUGUGACAAACAAAAAACAUCCAGUCAGCGGCAGUCGUGUGGGCGAAAACAACUAGUUGAUGAGAGAGGUAGAAUGAGAAUGGAAAGAAUCGUGAAAGCUAACAGGCGGGCCACAAACAGACAAAUAACAGCGCAGUACAACAGUGGUGCGCAGAACGGCAUCUCGGAACGCACAACUCGUCGAUCCUUGUCACGGAUGGGCUACAGCAGCAGACGACCACGUCGUGCAAAUGAGGAGUGGAAAAACAUCGCCUGUGUAGAUACGGUACGAGAACUUGUCCUUGACAACUGUAGCUCAAAUGAAGGAAAAAUCGAAGGCCUCACAGCAGAAUUUGUCAGUCUGGAAUUCCUCAGUUUGAUAAACGUUGGUUUAAUCUCUGCCUCCAACCUUCCCAAACUUGAGAAACUCAAGAAGUUGGAACUCAGUGACAACAGAAUCUCUGGUGGCCUUGACGUGCUAGCAGAGAAACUCCCCAACCUCACACAUCUAAAUCUAAGCGGAAACAAACUGAAAGACAUCAGCACGUUGGAACCUUUGAAAAAGCUGGACAGCCUGAAGUCUCUAGACUUGUUCAACUGUGAGGUGACCAACGUGAACGACUACAGGGAGAGUGUGUUCAAGCUGCUCCCUCAGCUCACCUACCUGGACGGGUACGACGUGGAGGACCGAGAGGCAUCCGACUCGGACAGAGAGGUGGCCGGUGACGAUGAUGAGGAAGGGAAUGAGGAUGGAAAGGAGGAACACUUUGACAAGGACUGUGAUGAAGAGGGAGUAGUAGAGGAGGAGGAAGACCUCGGCAUUGAUGAUGAAGAUGAAGUCAAGGCUGUCCAAGGAGAGAAGAGAAAGCGAGAGCCUGACGACGAUGACGAUUAAGAACAAAAAACGAAAGCAUAGCGUUACCAACUCCUUCCCUCUCCAAUAGUAGUUACAUAGGAUGAGCCUUGACUAGAAUACAGUAUAUACAUAUGAAGUGGGUAAAACGUUAUGUAAACAUUAUGUAAACACUGUGACCAGUGUUGAAAGACUAUGUUCAUAGCGCAGCAGUCUCUAAGGUGCAGUGUUGAGUAUCGGGUGGUAGCCGGCUAGUAACAGUGACUAAGUUCAGGGCAGGGUACUAGGUGGAGGCCAGCUAGUGGUGACUGAGUAACAGUCUGAUGGUCUGGAGAUGGAAGUUGUUUUUCAGUCUCUCGUUCCCAGCUUUGAUGCACCUGUACUGUCUUCGCCUUCUAGAUGGUAGCGGGUUGAACAGGCCGUGGCUCGGGUCCUUGAUGAUCUUCUUGGCCUGUGACACCGGGUGCUGUAAAUGUCCUGGAGGGUAGACCGUGUGCCCCCUGGUGAUGCGUUGGGCUAACCUCAUCACCCUCUGGAGAGACUUGCGGUUGCGAACUGUGCAAUUGCCAUACCAGGCGGUGAUGCAGUCAGACAGGAUGCUCUCAAUGGUGCAUCUGUAGAAGAUUGAGGGUAUUAGGGGUCAAACCAAAUUUCUUCUGCCUUGUCAUACGUUUUUUUCGUACUGAGCACAGCCCUGGAGAUUUCUACUCCCAAACUAAUGAAAAUAAAAUGGUGACACCAUUAAAAUAUCAUUUUUCCCAUCCAAAAAUGAGCCAAACAAUAUAUUGGUCCGUAUUAUCAUGCUGGUGUUAUUUGACAAUACGCAAAAUCAUCACCCCCCCAAUAUGCCUCCUCACCUCCCUCAAUUGAACAAACUGCUAUUAUUGUUACACACAAAUGGUAUAGGAAUUACCUUCCAUAUUGAAAUAAAGGAGGAAAUUGGCUAACUGCUGUGCAAUUUCUAUCAAUAAGGCAAUGGGAUGGGACAAUUUCAUGAGUGCUUUUCCCCCAUAAAUGAGGAGAGGUUGCUGCUGCUGGUCAGUCUGAGACUGGCAGGCUGCUCAUGUUUAAGGGAAGGGCUACUUUAAAAAAAUGACACGUUACGAGCUACAAAAAAAAUGUCUGGCUUUCAAACAGGCACGAUCUUCUCUUUUCUUCCCUGCAACUCUUCUCCGGGUCCUUAGUGUACAAGAGGAAGUAGAGUGCCCUGAGUGGCUGUUUGAUUUAAGUCAAAACUAUGUAAAUACCUGAAAAUGUUUGUUUAGCAACGAUCAACAACAACAGGGGUGUUUCUAUAAGUAUUUAAUUUUCAAUAAAUUUGCAAACAUUUCUAAA